GUGAAUACCGCUAUGCAUGAGGCAAAACUUAUGGAAGAAUGUGACGAAUUGGUAGAGAUCAUCCAGCAGAGGAAGCAAAUGAUUGCUGUCAAAAUCAAAGAGACAAAGGUUAUGAAACUGAGAAAGUUGGCACAGCAGGUUGCUAAUUGCCGCCAGUGUCUUGAACGGUCAACAGUCCUCAUCAACCAAGCUGAGCAUAUCCUGAAAGAAAAUGAUCAGGCACGGUUUCUCCAGUCUGCAAAAAAUAUCGCUGAGAGGGUCGCUAUGGCAACUGCAUCUUCUCAAGUUCUGAUUCCAGACAUCAAUUUUAACGAUGCCUUUGAAAACUUUGCUUUAGAUUUUUCCAGAGAAAAGAAACUGCUGGAGGGGCUAGAUUAUUUAACAGCCCCCAACCCACCAUCUAUUCGAGAGGAACUCUGUACUGCCUCCCAUGACACCAUUACAGUCCACUGGAUCUCAGAUGAUGAGUUCAGCAUCAGCUCCUAUGAGCUUCAGUACACCAUAUUCACUGGCCAGGCUAACUUCAUCAGCCUGUAUAAUUCUGUGGAUAGCUGGAUGAUCGUGCCCAACAUCAAACAGAACCAUUACACAGUCCAUGGGCUGCAGAGUGGAACACGCUACAUCUUCAUUGUUAAAGCCAUAAACCAAGCAGGCAGCCGGAACAGUGAACCUACCCGACUCAAAACAAACAGCCAACCCUUUAAACUGGAUCCCAAAAUGACUCACAAGAAGUUGAAGAUUUCCAAUGAUGGAUUGCAGAUGGAGAAGGAAGAAAGCUCUCUGAAGAAGAGCCAUACUCCAGAGAGGUUUAGUGGCACUGGGUGCUAUGGGGCAGCAGGAAAUAUAUUCAUUGACAGCGGUUGCCACUACUGGGAGGUGGUCAUGGGGUCCUCCACAUGGUAUGCAGUUGGCAUUGCCUACAAAUCAGCUCCCAAGAAUGAAUGGAUUGGCAAGAACGCCUCCUCGUGGGUCUUCUCACGAUGCAAUAGUAACUUCGUAGUGAGACAUAACAACAAGGAAAUGCUGGUGGACGUGCCUCCACAGUUGAAGCGCCUGGGUGUCCUUCUGGAUUAUGACAACAACAUGCUGUCUUUCUAUGACCCAGCUAACUCUCUCCAUCUUCAUACUUUUGAUGUGACCUUCAUUCUUCCUGUUUGUCCAACAUUCACAAUCUGGAACAAAUCCCUAAUGAUCCUGUCUGGCUUGCCUGCCCCAGAUUUUAUUGAUUACCCUGAGCGGCAGGAAUGCAACUGCAGGCCUCAAGAAUCCCCUUACGUUUCUGGGAUGAAAGCUUGCCAUUAAGUUUCAAGAGAGCAUGUAAUAAUUCACUGGCUCUCCAGUUCAGCAGUGCUUCCCUUCCUAAACCUCAGUUAGUGUCCAAUAUACACGAUACAAAAAUGAAGUUCAUUUGAAGUAUCCAAAAGAACUAGAUAUAAUAGAUUUAAUUUUUGUGCAUUAAAGCUUGUAUUUGAAUUAAUGUAUUGAGUUUCUCAGAACAAAUUAUGCGUAGCCUGGGUUCAAGCCAUUGGAGAACAAAUUUGGAGAAUUCUUCUCUUGUCAUUGAAGAAUUCAAAAUUCCCAGUGAUUUAGGAGUAUAAAUGAUAUUGGAAGGAAUUCUAGGUAAAUAAUGUAUAAAGAUGCUCUGAACAAGGGGCUAGCCAGCCAGAAAGCAGGGAUGUGUCAGCCUUUUUAGUACUGGCUGAUUUGGCCGAGUAGAAUUUUGAAAUGUCAAAUGAUCCCAUAUUAUAUGUAGCUUUUUAUGAAAACCUACAAUCAAGGAUUUAUUAUAAAGAAAACAUGUAUGUGUAUAUAUAAUAUAUAUAUAUAUAAAAUGAAUAAAUAAUAUAUAUUAUAUAUUCAUUUUAUAAUUAUAUAUACAUAAUGAACUUUUUAAUUUACUCAUUUGAGUGAGAAAUAUACUGGAAGGGAAAAUAAAUUAUACCACCCAUUUUUGUCCCCUAAAGGGAACAUCAGAAUCAUUUCUCCCGUCCCUCCAUUCAUCCCUUCAUCCCUCCCUCUGCUCACACACAUGCAUAUGCAAUAGUGACAUAGAUGGUGGGAAGAGCUCUAGAUUGGAUUAGGAGACAUAGGGAGACAAGACUGCACAAGAGAUGCUCUUGCUGGAUAGAAAAUUGAUCCAGGUAGUUGUGUUAUGUGUAGCACACUUUCAUUGGUGCUACCUAAUGGAGAAGGUUUGUCUGAACUGUUAAAAAUUCUGUCACAGAAUAUUUCAAAGACAGUUUUACCCGUCUCAAGUAGCAUACAGUUGCUAGAAUUAGGCUUAAAAAAACAAGAGUUGCAUAAUGGAGGUUCUUUAGGAACCUGCUUUCUUUACUUAAUCAGUAAGAAUGGAGUGUUGUAGAUGCAACAACUAUUUCCAUAUAAAUGGACUUAUAUUUUCAGAUAAAAUACUUCUGAAGUACUUAAGAAUGCCUAAGCAUAGUCUGUUUUCUUAAACAGGUGGAAUAAUCAUUCUUCUCCUGAUCUUGUUUACACUAUUCAUUUGCUUAGCCAACCCUUCGUGGCCAAUGCAGAUGUAAACUUCAACCCAGUCCUUAUUGCAAUCAUUGAAGGGAAUUAAGCUUUAUGGUUGACGCUUUUGUCAGUUCCUCUUCUGUAAUUGGGAGUGUCAGCACCAGAGCUUUCUCCUUUCAGGAGCUAAGUCGGCUUCAAAGAGUCUACUUCUUGGGAGUUGUGAAAAUAUUACUGUCAUACAACAUGGUAGUUGUAACAAGCCCCCGGAUUGGAACCUUGAAACAAUGCCAAAACUUCUCCCCCUCUUCCUUUCCACCACCUUGGUGGGCGUUCAUUCCUUCAUUCAUUCAACAAGUUACUAGAUGCCAGGUACCACGCUAGAGCUGACAUAUUGAUAAUCCACAGUUCCUGCUGUCAAAUGACUUAGUAUUCUGCAGGAGAGACAAAAUCUCUAUAAAAAUCCCUUUAUCUAUACAAAACUAAAUAACAGUUUUGUAUUGUUUGUACACCUAACACGGAAAGCAAGGCUGAUUCAGAUACAGAUGGCAGGCUCAAACUUACCUAUCUAGUGGCAAAGUCAGUAUUGGGGGUUUUAAAAACCCUACAUACUUACUGCUAAUCAGGAAACAAGCAACCUCAGUAAGAUUCAGCAGUGCUGGGAAAUAGUUUGCUGAGUGGGAAAGUUCAUCAUAACCUUUGAAUUAAAAUAAUCUAUUUCCUCUGCCAUUUACUAGCUGUGUGACCCAGGGCAAGUACUUCACUUCUUUGAGCCGCUGUUUCCUCUUCUGUGCAAUAAUACCUACCUCACAAGGCUGUUUGCAAAGAUGAAAAAAGAUAGCACGUGUAAACUGCUUAGCACAGCACCUGGCAUUUAGUUAAGUAUGGCAUUAGUAUGGCAUACUUAACUAUGAAGCAUGGCAUUUGGCUAAGUAUGCAACCAAUAUUACUCUCCUUUGCUCAGCCUCAGCCCCAGUAGUGUAGCAGUGCUUUAAAAUGGAUGUCUUUCAUUCCUAAGUUAACUCUGGGUCUCUCUCUCCUCUAGGGCCUAUGCCCAAAUUCUUAAACAAAACAGAUGAUUUCAACCCCUUCAUAAAACAUAUCACUGACAUUCAAUAGAAAGUCCCAGUUACUUACAGUUUGGCUUUUCAAGUCCCUAUUUGCUUUCACAGCUUCAUCUUUUGCCACCUUGCCCCUCACAUUGAUUGUUCUAGCCAAGCUUAACUAUUUACACAAGUUGUUCUCUGGGCCUGGAAUAGAGACAUUAGUAACUAUUUUGAUGUCCAGAGUAAACAGCAGGAAUUGUUCUUAAAUUAAGGGAAUAGUGUGAAAAUGCUAUCAAUGCAGAACACUCCACCUCCUUUCCAGUUCCAAUUUUCUUUCAGUUAACCUCGGGUCUCCGAUGCCAUUCAUUUUUUGUGCCUUUAUAUUGUAGUGCCCCGGGACAAAGCUUCAUUGUCUCCACUCUACUUUUGACUCUAGCCUGGACUACCUUUCCCUACUUCUGCCCCACAAUAGAUUUAAUUCCUGAACCCCUAGAUUGGGUUAUGUUCUCCUCUUGGGAGCUCCCAUGGCACCUUGACCAUGCCCCCUUUUCAGCAAUAAUCACAUUGUAUAACUGUUUUUCAUAGUGUGAUCCUCAGACCACUUGUUAGAAUUAUUUUUGGUGUUUGUUAAAACAGUUGAUUUUUAUUAUUAUUAUCAUUUUUUUUACUGAGCAUUUUCUUUUUAAAGUAGACCUCCAACCUAGAUCUACUUAAUUAAAAUGUCUGGGCACAUAAGUGGAAUUUAGCAUUUUUAACAAGCUCUCCCAGGUAAUUCUGAUGCAUACCAAGGUUUGACAUUUAAGAAUCAUCCUCCCUCCUAGACUGUGAAUACCUUGAGGGCAGGGGUUGUGUCUUUUUUGUUGUGGUGGUAUUCUUAACACCUGACAUAGUGUCUGGAACAGAGUAGUUGCCUGGCUAAUGUUAAUUGCGUGAAUGUAUGAAUGAAUGAAUGAAUAAUCAAAGUUUCCCUGUUGUACUCUGAUAUCCAUAUUGGUGUUGUUUUCUGGGCAGAAAAGCUUGGCUACUCCAUUUGAGCUGUACUGAUAUUAUUUUGCAGAUGUCCCAGAACUCAUACAUAUAAAUGAGUAUUGUCUUCCUCAGAAGCUCUUGGGGAAUUGUUUGGAAUUGUUUGGAGCAUGUGGCACAAUUGUUUUCAAUAAUUUGUCAGUCUCUUCAAACUCUGUUCUUUGAAUGUGGGUUUAUGUUUUGGUUAUUGCCAAAAAUCACUCAGAGCUAAGCCUACUGAAUAAAGUAGGAAAUUAAACUGGGUUUGGGGGUAAGCAAUGAAGAUUCUGAGCCAAAUAAUGAAAAGUACGUUCCCCCCGCAAAAAAUGGUGGGGAUGUGGUGAAUCCCAGAUACUUCAGUAAACUUAAGGACUUUCAUAGAAUUCUGGCAAUUCCAGGUACCUUAGAGAAGUCAUUGACUACCUCUAGCUAAACCCAGUUGGACAAAGGAAGUAAGACCUUUAUUUAACAUCUUCAAGGAAGGUGACUGCAUAAGUUUUCAUUGUUGCUCUCCUCAGUCUGUUCUCCUACAAUCCUUUCUCCUAGCAAAUUAUUCUUUUGUCUGCAAUUUAUGCUUAUUUUUACUUUUUAUAUUGUCUUAUUGAAAAAAGCACAAAAAUAACAAUAAAGUUAAACAUGUUUUGAGAUAUGAAAGAAAUUUUAAUGCCACAUUGGAGUUCUGGCUACUUGUAUGUAAGAGUAACUGCAUCUGUAUGUGUUUUUAUCAUGUGAUUCCAUUGUGUAAACUCUGGAUGCAGUGACUUUCAAAUUGCAGCAAAAUCACAUCCAUGUUCUUCUCAGCUAAAAUACACUAGGUGAAUUUUCUAAGCUUCCAUGGUUUACAUGUUUAUAUAUGACUACCUGGAUGGAGCAAUCCACGAAUGGACUUUUUGAUAAGCAUAAAUAUUUGAUACCAUUUCUUCUACAGAAUGGAGAAUGUGAGGCUGACAGAUGAGAACCUCUCCCACACUUAUUUCAAUUCCUGAAGCCAACUGCAGCCUCAUAGGCAUUGCGCUGUACUUGGCUGUGUAUUUCAGGUUGGCCAGGUUGACUGCCAUCAGGUCAGGUGAAACUGCCUUCUACAGUCUGAUCUGCCAGCUUCAGACAUAUGCUAUGUCGUUGUUGUUGGCUAGAAUAUUUAUUGGACUAUUGUUGGACUAUUUUUUAUCAAAUAUUUUAUCCCAGGUUUGUUUGCCCUGGGAGCUCUGGACCAAUAGUGUCUCUCCUAGUGACAAAAACCUGAGCAUCUGCGGAUUACACAGCCUCAUCCCUCUAAAGUAUCCCAGCCCAUCCAAAAAUGCUAUAUUAUGAAUUAAAUAAAUAUAUAUGUAUUCAUGA